AUGGCGAAAAAAGCGUUGGCCAAAGAUCAAAUUGUGAAGCUCAUCGUGGGCGCUGGACAGGCCAGUCCCAGUCCUCCAGUCGGUCCGGCCCUCGGUAGCAAGGGUGUCAAGAGUAUGGAUUUUUGCAAGGAAUUCAACGCCCGGACCGCACACAUCAACACCGGAGUACCCGUUCCCGCGCGUGUCACCGUCCGUCCGGAUCGCUCUUUCACAUUCGAUCUCCGCACCCCCACGACAACCUGGCUGUUGCUGCAGGCCGCGAACGUCGAACCUCGUAAGAAUCGCAUACGCGGAGCUAUGAACCCAGGCCACGAGAUCGUUGGCAAGGUGUCCCUGAAACAUGUGUACGAGAUCGCGCAAAUCAAGCAUUCCGAGACGAGACUAUCGGGAUUGAGUCUGCAGGGGCUAUGCAAGAGCGUCAUUGCGCAGGCGAAGUCCAUUGGCAUUCAGGUUGUUCCCUAAAUGGGAAGGGGGCGAGAUCGACUGUAUAUUUAUUUGACAUCCCUGAUACGAUGCGAGUGUUGCGACCACUGCCGUGAAUUAUGAUACUGGCGUUCUUGGGUAUGGAGUCUGUUUUCAAUUGUACUAUAAUACAUAGCAUGUGAUAUAGAAAGCGUUGUCG